AUGAAGCUGGUCGCUGUGCUUCUGCUGGUGACCAUUGGCAUAUGCAGUUACUCUGCUACAGCCUUCCUCAUCAACAAGUUGCCACUUCCUGUCAAUGAUGCCUUGCCUUUACCUCUGGACAUGCUUACCCUGGAUCCUUUAAAGCUCCUUCUGAAAACUCUGGGCAUUUCUGUUGAGCACCUUCUGGAAGCGCUAAGGAAGAGUGUGAAUGAGCUGACCCCAGAGGCCGCUGAGGCUGUGAAGAAACUGCUGGAUGCCCUAUCACAUUUGGUGUAA